CUCUCUCUCAGCCGCGCAGAUCUCGCAGGUCUGGCUUACCAGCAAUGUCGAGCAGGGAGGAGCCCAACUUGGAACGGCUUCUGCAGUCGCUGCUGCCUCGUCUGGCCGCCUUGCCCACCACUCAUGAGCGGCUGCGAGUCGUCAGCCCCCUCGACAUCAUUGACCACAGCAUCCCUGAGUCAGCCACAACGACCCCUUUCGGCCACACGCCCCGCGUCAAGAUCAGGAUCUUCCGCAAAGUGCGAGCAUUCGGCUUCCGGGACGUGGCUGUCGUCGGCCACUACUAUGGAUCUAUGCCGCGGGUGGAGGACCGAUUUGCGCAGCUGCUGCGGGCCGAGGAGCCGCGGAUGAGCGGCUGCUGGUUCAUGCUGGGAACAGGUGGGCAAAAGGGCCAUAGUGAGGGUUCACAUUCGUGUCAUGAUGAGAAGUGCUCUGUGCUUUGUCAGGCGACGAUGAGGCGUUGUCACGGCUGGAGGCGUCCGGCAUCCCCAAUGUGAUGCUCGACUACACAUUCCGCAACCCCUGCACAGGCAGCAGCUCACUCGACAGCCUCAAGACCACCAUCGGCCGCAUCCAUGAGCACUUCAAACAGCUCGACAGGGAGGUGGGCAUGGCUGCCGACAAUGACGGCAUGCCUCACUUGGACGACCAGGCGAGUCAGUCGGGCUACCGGGAGCUGAAGCGCGAUCACCUGUACAUCAACUUUGUGGAUCUGCUGGACUUCAACAUCACCAUGGACGCGCCAGAAGUGAAGGUGGGACCUCACCGGUGACUGUGAUUGCCAGAGGACGAUACUCAUGCAUUCCAUGUGGCGCUUUCCAUGUGCAGAAAGUGAUGGAUUACCUGUCGUCUGAGAGAAUACCGAUUCUGAAAGGCAUCUGUUUUGAGGGUGCGAGAGGCAUUGCGUUUGCUGAUGAGUACGGCGAUGUGACUCAGCGCCUCCGGUGAGCGCCAAGACAGAGCAGUGCACUGAGCCCACUGUACUUGUUAUUCUGUCUCCAGCGCCUUGUUCCCUGCGAGUGACUUCAAGUUGCUGGUGCACUCACACGCUGGGCCGCACGGCGACAACUCACAGGCGGCGGCAUUGGAGUGUGUCCGUCGGGGGGCAGACGGCGUCUGGGCAGGCUUCAUCCCUCAGGCCGCACAGACGGGCCACAACUGCUCAUUGCAGUAUCUGGGCUACCUGCACAGCUCCGGCAACAACCAAGUCGCGCAACUCUACAAUCUAAACACGGUGAGAUAACAGGGGCGGGCCAUCCGGCAUCCAGAACAAUAUUCUAAGAUGCCGCGUUGUGUUGUUCUGCAGGCUGUUGAGACGGCCCGAUCGCUGCAUGAGUUGAGUUUCCCCGGCGAGCCCAUCCCAGCCGACUGCCCCAUCUUCGGCAGCAACGCCUACUCGUGGGUCCACAGCGUCUUCAGACACGACAGACGGACACCGAGAGGGCUGCCUGCACGAGCGGUGAGCCAGCGGCAAGCACUAGGUAGCACUAAGAGAGGACAUAGACACGUGUGUUGCUCCCCGUCAACAGGUUGGUGCGACAGAGGGUGCGCGGUUUGCUGGCAUGACGACCGAUGUCGACAUGCUCAUCCAGCGACUGGACGGCCUCAUUGGCAGCGAUUUUUCUUCGAUGCAGCCUGAUGCGAAGAAGGUCUCCGCAUUGGGCGUUGUGACAGCGAUCCAGCUCCUGCUGAGUAAAGAACAUCAGUGCAACUUCAACGACCCCGACAACCUCAGAUACAUCUACAGACACGUGAGAGGAGCAGUAAAGGCAGAAGCAACAGAGAGAAGACGGGAGAUGACUUUCGUUGUGCUUGUAGGUCGACAAGGUGGGUUUUGGCGUUUCUGACACGGCCUCUCUCAUCAAGAGGCCACACAUACGCCAUCUGCGGCAGUGGCUGAGACGGCCCUCCCAAGAUGCGCGUCUCCAACUGCUCUACAGGUGAGAGGAGAGGUGUGUGAACCAAGCAGUGAAUACGCGAAGAGGACUGUCUCUCUUGUCUGUCAGGUCGACACGUGAUGGUGACAGCUUUGAUGACCUCAUGAGCAAGGUGGGGUCGGCUCGCGGUCUGCUGUUCGCCGUCAAGCACAACAACAACAAGUUCGGCGUCUUCUUCGACGGCUCCCUCAACCAACCGAGCGACCCGAAAUCCGACCAGACGACCAGAGGCGACCUCUUCUUUUCGCUCAGCGGCAGCUUCCCUCAGCCCACACAGAUCCACCCAUCGCAAGACAGACAGCGGGUGGAUGUAGCCGGGAGGGACGGGGCUGUGCAGGGGACCGGCGGGGCAUCCGGCAAGAUCGUGAUGGCAGAUGGCUACCUCUGGCUGGCGUAUUCGAGGUCGUCCACUCCGUCGCCCUCCAUCCUCAGCUGCCAUCACUGGAUCGACAAAGACAUCACACCACCAGGCUUCACCGGCGGAGAGAGCUCUGACGGUAGAAACAUUCUGGCAGACACCAUGGGCUUCACGGCUGACGUCAUUGAAGUGUAUCAGGUGGGUGCGAAAUACACGCACGUGCACGUCAGCGAUCAUCCCUGCGGUGUGCUAUGUGUGUCAGGUGGUGAGAGGCCCCUUCCCUGCCAUCGAUCGUGACGCCCUCCUGCCCCUGCCCGUCGACUUCCCCAAACCUCUUCCUGCGAGUGCUCUGUCGUCGCCCGAGAGGACGUGCCGCAGACCAGCCUGACUGACUGAUUGAUCGUGUGAUUGUGUGUGGUUGGUGUACUGUCUGUUGGUGUUGGCCUGCGUGUUGGUUUGCGGCAAUUGUUUCGCCGCAACGGUCUUGUGAAGUCAGCCAUGUGUGUCGUUCUUUUUGUACGUGUCUGCGCGUCGAGGUGUCCUUUUAUCCGAGCCAUCGCCGUAGUGUGCACACGAUUUGUCCUACAACGCUCUACCCUUUUGCGUGCAUCACACCGCUUCUUUGUGCAGUGAGGUGAUUUUCAUGCAAGUCGUGCCGGUACACUUGAUGCUGCUGUCGAUGAGCAGCAGAGAGACCACCGCACACGCUGUUGUCUUUCAGCGUCAAGAGAUCCGACUUCCAUGUCUUCCAUGGACGUGCCGUAGCUCGUACCUGAUUGAUAGUUGCUGGCCGUCAUGAACGGACUCUGACACAUCUACUGAGUACGAACAGUUGACUGGAUGAUGUCCCUUUCCAGGCUGAAAAGCCAUCGCAUGAAUGAGUGAUCACCACGUUUGUUUCUGUAUGGAGCCAGCCAAGCCAGCGGCCGCCUUAUACUCGAAUGCAGUCAGCC